GGCUUGAAGAAGCCGAUAAAGGCUUAUCUUUGACGGAUAUUGUUUCUAUUCGUAAUGGGCAACAAAAUAUCCGUUGAUAGUAAACCUGUCUUUGGAAUCCUUGCUGGAUUAAUAUCAAGUUCAUCCUUGUUAGUUAUUUGGCUGUUCUAUGAAAGAAUUGGUAGAGCAACGAGAUUGGAUAGUUUGAAGGAAACUAAUUAUAACAUAGCGCAGCUCAAUUCUGCAAUAGAUAGUCUAAGAAAAGAAAUAGAAGAUCUAAAAGAAACCAAAUCUUUGAAAGCUGAUCUUGGUAGUGAAAUUGAUGAAGAUUCCAAGUCAAAAAAGUCAUUCAAAGUAGUCCGUUUCAAGAAAAGCUUAUCAUAUUUGUCAUCCACAAGUGAUGCUGACUACCAAUCAGCAUGGUCAGACUGUGAAGGACCAACAGAAGAGUUCUUUGAUUUUCCAGAGAAUGAUGCCCUUGCUGAGCAAAUAAAAAACAAUUCAUCAACCAAGGAAGCCAUAGAUUUGUUCGAUAAAGUUGACAGUUUAUUAGAAGGAUCUUCAGAUGAUUAUAAAAUUGCAUUUGGAUUAUUAAAAGAUCAUGAAAGUGAGUUUGGCUGCAAUGUGGAAUAUCUGUGGCGUGUUGCCAAAUCCUGCAGAAUGUCUGCUCAAGCAUCAUGUGAUAUAGAAAAACAAAAGGAAUUAAGUUUCAAAGCCGUUGAUUGGGCACGAAGAGCUUUGGCUGCAGAUGAGUCUAACGCCGAAGCCAACAAAUGGUUUGCUAUAUCAUUGGGUGCAACGAGCUGUUAUUGUAGCGUUUCUGAAAAAAUCCGAAAUGGUGUUCUUUUUAAACAACAUAUUGAUAAGGCAAUUGAAAUCAAUCCUUCGGACUACCUUCUUCACCAUCUUCUCGGUCGAUUCAGUUUUGAGGUAUCGUCUUUAUCUUGGAUCGAGCGAAAAGUGGCCACGGCGCUCUUCAGAGAUAUUCCAAGUGGAUCUGUCCAAGAAGCUCUGUCAAAGUUCAUGCUUUCAGAAAAACUGCGAGCGGAGCCAUGGAAAACCAAUUCCCUCUACAUUGCCAAAUGCUUUAUUCAUUUAGGGGAAUAUGCCCAAGCAAUGCACUGGAUAAACCGUGCAUUACCAAUUCCGGUUGUAACGCCAGAAGAUCGGUUGUCACAAGACGAAUUAGUUGUUUUAAGUGCCAAGUAUAACUCUUAAUAAUAUUUUUUUCUCAAUUUGUUUAUACAUUUCACAUGCCAUACACAAAAGGAUUAUUUUCUGGAUGAAGAA